AUGCCACCCGCAUAUCGCAAGACGGGCGCAGACCUGGACAUCCAGAUCGAUGACAAUGGGCGCCUGUUUCGACCAGGCGACUUCAUCACAGGUCGUGUCUCAAGGCGAUCGCACAUGGUCUCUCCGAUGUCGACAGUCGAGGUAAAACUCCGAGGUCGAGCCAAGGUCAAACUGGGCAAGACAAGAUACAACGGACAGUCAAGCCACACAACUUAUUAUCGCGGCCGCUUCAACUUUUUUGGCAAUGAGACUCGGCAGCACCUUUACCACGGACCCGUUCAUGUUCCUCAGGAAGGACCUGGGGAGUCGUGGGAGUUCGCCAUCCAGAUCCCAUUGCAUGCAUCCCCCGAGGUCCUCCUGGGUGGGCACCGCGAUGCCGACAGCAGCUUUCUAUCUCUCAACAAGUACACCGUUACUUCGACACCACUGCCGAGUACUUUCUACGACAGAGGACGUCAACUCAGUACAAAAUAUGAGACCUACGUCGAGUAUUCUCUCGAAGCUUCACUCGUACAACAAGGCAGCCACGGCGCAUCAUACACGGCUACUUUUCUCAUCCCAAUCCGAGCCCUAUCUCUUCCUCAGGGACGAGACCUGCCUGCACUGACAAAACGUUCACUGCCUGGUCGAGUCGUCUCACAGCGGCUCGUCCCCGGUAUGGAGGAUGUGGACCUCAGUUUCAAACAAAAAACCCAGAAAUUCUUCCACUCGUCCAAGGUCCCGUACUUGGGACUGGUGGCCGAAAUGACCUGUCUAGGAGGUAUACAGCUGGGUGCACAGGUCUCCCUCAAGUUCAAGAUUCGGCCGGAUCGUCGCAAUACCAGCGAGGUGAUUCAUGGUGUGCCUCAGACGGCUGUUGUUACCGAAUUCGAGCUCGUUCUGAAGGCACGCACCCAAGUCGUCGCCCCAGGCACCUGGCAUCCAUGUGACACAGACUCGAAGACGGCAAACGACUUGCAUGCGGUACUUCUCAUGAAGAUCGAGUGGGAUCCAAAGGCAAGUGACCCGGUCGAUGUUGGGUCACUCUUCGACUUGCGCAUUCAUUCCAGGUACGCCACGGCAUUGGGAAAACGAGUCUCAGAAAGUGGGCAGAGUGCGAUAUAUCCAAGUUUUACGACUUGGUGUAUUAAACAUGAUCACAUCCUCGAAUACAAGAUGAAGGUCUUGAUUGCUGGAGAGUUGGUUAAGUUCGAAGGGCAAACACCAGUGGUGGUGCUUGCCCCAGCUGAUACAUAA